GGUAACUCUCCAGAAGAUCCAUCAAGAAGCCACCAACAACGACUACGAAUCCGCAAACAUGGCACCUUCCGCAGUAUCAGCAGAGCCCGCUAUUGACAUUGAAGCCAAGAAGCUCAGCUUGAGGAAUGGACCAUUGAAGUCGGCAGGCCUAUUGGACAAGUUCGAACAAGACGACGUAACUCCAGUCAUUGGGACCGAAUUUCCAAAGGCCAACCUCGUGGAGUGGCUCAAUGCACCCAAUUCGGAUGAGCUUAUACGCGACCUAGCAAUCAAGAUCUCCGAACGUGGCGUCGUCUUCUUCAGAGCUCAGGACAACCUCACAAAUGAGCUCCAAAAGACUCUCAUCAAUCGACUCGGUCAGCUCACUGGACGCCCCGCGGCAAACACUCUCCAUAUCCACCCCAUUCUUAACCCCGAGCGCGAACUCGGCGGCGAUGACCCCCAAAUCAGCACCAUCAGCUCUGUCCAGAACAAGAAGAUCUACGCAAACACCCAGUUGGACGUCAGCACGAAGAAGCAGAGCAGCAGCGCCGUUUGGCACAGCGACAUCGCGUUCGAGCCUGUGCCAGCCGAUUAUACCAGCCUUCGUCUGACACAGCUACCCAAGACUGGCGGAGACACCCUCUGGGCCUCCGGCUACGAGCUCUACGACCGCCUCUCCGCCCCCUACCAAGCCUUCGUCUCCUCCCUAACCGCCACCUUCGCGCAACCAGGCUUCAACGCCGUCGCUGAGCGCGGCGGCUUCAAGCUCUACGACAAAGCCCGCGGGGCCCCCGAAAACGUCGGCGGCGAGCUCAAAGCCGUGCACCCCGUCGUGCGCACCAACCCCGUGACCGGAUGGCGCAGCCUGUUUCCCGUCGGCGGCCACGUCAAGUACGUCAACGGCGUGACGGAGCAGGAGAGCAAGAGCUUGCUAGACUGGUUCCUGAAGCUGUUGGUCGACAACCAUGAUUUGCAGGUUCGGUUCCGGUGGAGGAAUGCGAAUGAUAUUGCGAUCUGGGAUAACCGUAGCGUGUUCCAUACGGCUACGUACGAUUACGAGGGGCUGGGUGAGCGCUUUGGGAAUCGUGCGGUUGGGCUAGGCGAGAGGCCUUUCUUAGACCCCAAUAGUACUUCUAGGAGGGAGGCGCUUGCUGCGAAGGCGUAAGAUUGUGUAGCAGUCUUAUUUUCCACUGUGUUGUUGUGAGGAUGGUUAUGCGUUGUCUGGGUGUUGAUGUUGCGACUUAGGACUAUUUGGUAAGACGACGUAAUGGGAUUCGGACCAUUUGUACAUAUUGCGCUUUUAUGAGUUCAUUUCUUACCACGCUUUGUUUUCCUGGUAAAUUGAACUCAAAUAGAUUGAUCUCUCUUCUGUUUUAAUUUGUAUACUGCGUCUGAUAUCCCAAUACCAUCCAAAACAGGAGCCACGUU